AUGGCACAGACAGUGUGGGAAGACAGGACCAGGCAUGCCAGGCAGAGUCAGCAGAGGGCAGAUCAUCAAGGCGGACGGCGUCGCAGUGUUGUCGUCUUUUCGAUAGUUGACUGCGCCCUCUCCUCUACGACUGCACGGAGGCCGCUCUCACCUACAGAACAUCUUAUCUCUUACACCUACCCCACUCUAUGCCUCGGCGUUCACAACGGUGUUACCUAUGAACAAGCUCUUGAAGGCGCCGUACCAGGUCCUGCAGCGCUCCCCUCGCCACCCACCAUCCGCACUUCCCCACCUACCCAGAUGCCUAUCCAGACCACGCACACCCGGCCAGAUGCUCCAUCGCCGACCCAUAUGUCUCGCAACCAUCAUGCAGAACACAUCCAGGAAGAACCAAAGAACCCAGCGCCGAGGACGCGAGGAUCAGGACAAGCACUGCCAUCUCGCCAACCCUCAACGCCUCGCGUAUCGCCUCCAGACUCUGGGCCCCUGGUAGGCAGGCAGUCAGGUCCUGUUCCGCAGAUCCCUCCGAGAUCCAAAGAAGCACUCUGCAGUCUGGAUGCCUCAUCCAAACCAUCCACAAGAGAGACUGAUAAGCUAGUAGGUGCAAAGCCGUUGUCCCGCUGCAUCGAACCUGACCCUCAGCGAGUGCCUCUACCAGGCAUGCUACAUUGGCCAGGCUCUGCGGACCGUGGAAUCUUCCGGAUCAACUGGGAUGAUCGGAGGGAUCCAGGCACAGACGCUCCGCCGCCACUCAAACUCUCAACGCACCCAAGAAACGUUUCCAACGAUGAACGGAGAGUACUCUCUCCCUCUGGUACUGUGCCCGACGGUUCUCCGACAAGCCCGAGUCUCGGGCCGCAUGGCGCAUGGCUUGAUGUGCAUUGUGUCGGACAAAGCUCGGCCCGUCGCGGCCUACGCAAGGAACAGGAGGAGAGGAAUGCCCCCAGACAUGCCAAACGUCAUAUCGGCUCCCUCGGUGAUGUCACCUCGAAAGUUCCCACAACACCGAGCUUUCCUUCUAGAUAA